AUGGUCGCCCUGGCCUCGAUUUUCAUCGUGCUCGAGCCCGUCCGCAUCUUCAUGGGCUUCACCGGCAAUCUGAAGGAGCGCGUUCCAGAUCUGUGUGGCUCGUUCAUGCUGUCGACAUUCCCCCAGUUGCCGAUCCUGCUGUAUUUUUGCGGGCUCCAGUCGCUCACGGCCUCCGGAUUUACUCUGCCGUUCGAGUUUGCUCUCAAUUUCGUCUAUGCCCUCGUGCUGAUUCCGCAGAUCCUCAUCGGAUACAGGGCUGCAAAACAUAUUGUCGAUAUCCAGGCCGCUCGCUUUGUCGUUGGUGUUGGAGAGCUCCGCUCGGGAUUCGAUGAUAUCGCCUUGGCAGCGGAGCCAGAUCAUGGCAAGGCAAAGGCCGAGUAACAAGAUCAUCCUAUUCAGAC